GUCUAACCGAGCUUCCUAGAUUCAAUGAGCAAGAGAUGACGAUGAUUGGGAACCUCAUCGCCGGAUUCCAUUUAGUCUUUCUCUCUCUACACUUUUGGUCUCUUCUCCGCCGCUCGAUCGCCUGCUCCAUCGCCUCCGACGACGCAGAUUUUACGAAUCUGAGUAUUACUUCCGGAUCGAGGAGACAUGUAUUAGAAGAUGAGAGCAACUUGUCGUUGGAAGAGCACUUACAAAAACUUGAAAAAUUAUCUAGAGGGUACAUGACAAAUUCCGAGCUUGAAAAAGCAAUCAUGGCAUUUAAUCGUAGGUGUAGCAGCAUUUCCAGAGUAUACAGCAUAGGAAAGAGUGUACAAGGACAUCCACUGUGGGUGAUAGAACUAUCAGACAAACCAGGGGUGCAAGAGGCCGAACCUGCAUUUAAGAUGGAAGCAGGCAAGCAGCAACUUGGAAGCCAAUUACUCCAUUAUGUUCAGUAUUAAGGUCUCAGAAAAUGAAGAGUGACUAGGUUUUUAAUAUUCCUAUCAGUCCCAUAAUUAACUUCACACUUUUCUUUUUUGUUGUCCCAAAAUGAACUUCACACUUCCAUAUUCCUUAUAUGUGGCUAAAAAUUUCUUCCUUCUACAAAAAUUCCAACCACACACCUUUCACUUUUGAACUUUUCUCUUAAAUUCCGUGAAUUCAAACAAUGAUCUUAAUUAAGGGAAGGAAGGAGU